AUGGGGGCAGAGGUGGACAGCAAGAGGCCGCCGAGGAGAAAGGUGGGGGUGGAGGUGGAGGCGACGAGGACAUGGGAGGGGCAGGGGCGGCGGCGGACGCGCCGCGCUCCAUGCGCCCAAGGACGGCUCGAAGGUCGAGCACAGGUGCCCGAUGAAGCCCUGGCGGCCCCCAAGAAGGCCAGCAUCAACAUCAUCAUGGACGGAGACAGCGACCAGGAAAGCGACGAUGAGGACGUCGGCGACGCCGCUCGUGCGGCAGGAGCGGGGGCUGGAGAGCGACCGGGGGGGGGCGCCGCGGGUGCGAAGGGAGACGGGGUGGGCCACACGGCAAUGGUAGCGGACAUCCUGAAGGAGAAGGAGAAGGCGGAGAUGCGAGCCAAGGAGGCUGACGCGGAGUCUAAGGGAAGAGGGGACGGCCAGGAGGCGAAGGGGUCUGCAGAAGGAGGAGGCGGUGGGAUCAGAAUGGGCCGCCUCGGGGGUGUCGGACGGCGUAACUCCGGGAGCUUGUCGUCAACGGCUGCGACUGCUGCGACUGCUGCGGGCGGGGGGUCCAAGCUCGCUGGCGGGGGUGGCGGUGGUAGUGGGUACGGAGACGCGGAUGUUGCCAAGUUGAAGGACGCCAUACAGACGCUCUGCCAGAGCACCCACCCACUCGGCAAGUGCAUGGACUUCGUCCACGAGGACCUGUCCCUCAUGUCUCAGGAGAUGGAUCGCUGGAGAGCUCUGCACAAGGUCAAGGCGGAUGCUCUUGAGUCCGAACGCGCAGCAACGGAGGCGUUCCUGCAGCCCUUGCAGUCACAGCUCAGAGAUCUCGAGGAUCAGUUGAAGGAGUCGUCGAUGAAGAUCGAUGGAGUGAAGGCGGGAAUCUCGGUCAACGACAAGAAGAUCAACAGCUUGCUCAAGAUGAUGGUCACCUCUUAA